AUGGCACAAAAACAAAAGAUAUCAUCCUUAGAAAGCCUCCCACAAGAUCUUCUUGGCGAUAUUAUAUCUAAGGUUGCAAAGUAUGGCCACAGAGAUAUUCGUAAUUGCUUGCAAGUUUCUCAUGAACUAGCGAUCGCAUGUCAAGAUGGAAGGGUUUCAAAGAAUCUCAACCUCAUGCCGCUAGCCAUCAAUCCAUUAGCAACAUUAAACAAGUAUCAACCACUCAUGGAGAAAUGUCUACAAGCUGGUAAUCCUGAAGCCCACUACAUUCAAGGGAUAAAAGAGUACUUCUACAACGACAACAUAGAGAUUGGCCUACCACAUCUCCAAGCAUCUGCUGAAGGUGAGAGACGAAUGGAGGAAGGGAAAAAAUAUUUGGAUAAGCUAGAAUGGGCAAAAUCAACAACCAGAUCAGACCGUUGUUGGACAAAUAUCAAAGAAUCUCUAGAAGGCAUCCCAAUUCUUCAAGAAACCGUGCUACUUUGA